AUGCCUUCACGAGUAUUAGAAACAGCAGAGGAAGAGAACCACACACAUAUAGCAGACUUGGAAGUUGAGAGACAAGACUCCUUGAACGAAAAUACCUGUACGAAAACAAGGUCAGUAGAAAAUACCAUAGUUGCGAGAGACUUAUGCCAGUCGGGGGGAGUCGCUCUGAGUGGAUUUUUAAUCACAGGAGAAUCAGCAGAGCAAGCAUGUGUCUUGGAAGCUGUGGAGCGAGACCGGCUAACGGACACUGAUGAAGUGGCCAAUAUCGAACUGACAGAUGAUGAUCAUCGAACUCAAAGGGAAUUUACCUCAGACACGGAAGGGGAGACGGGAUCACACCUGGGGAAAUCCAAGGAUUGUCAGUCGGACGGCGAAAUGCUGCCUAGAAGGGAAGGAGAAAAUAAAAGGAGAUCUCUAAGAAGCUCUAGCAGGGGGCUUGGGGUCGUCCACAAGGAGGCUUUAGAAGCUGGUCAGGAAAAAGAAAAUAAACUUCUUAAUCAGCUGUUCCUAUCCGCCAUUUACGCUAAGUGCAGAUACCAAGAUCGCAGACUACUUUGGAACUCUUUGCACCAAGACAUACCGAAUGAUUCACCGUGGAUAGGCAUAGGAGACUACAACAUCAUUAGAGGGAACGACGAAAGACGUGGGGGAAGCCCUCGGCAAAGGGUGGCUAUGGAAGAUUUCAACGAUUUUAUUGAUCAGUGUGGUCUGAGCGAGAUGAAGACAACUGGAAGAACCUUAUCCUGGUGCAAUGGCCAAAGGGGAUUGGCACGAAGCUGGGCGAGACUUGACAGAGGCUUGAUGAAUUCGAAAGAAGUGGCUAUAUUCCCUGAUGCAAGGUGUAACUACCUCCCAAGAACAACUUCAGACCACGCGCCUAUGCUUAUCGAACCGAGAACAGAUUCAGCCAGGUACGGCCCAUCACCUUUUAAGUUCCAAUACAUGUGGGUAUCGCAUGAAGGUUUUGGGAAGUUAGUACAGGAAAUCUGGCAGCAACCAGAGCGGGAAGUGGGUUUAAACAGACUGGCAGGCAAAUUAAAAAAACUAAAAGUGGCCCUCAAAGAGUGGAAUAUAAAAGUGUUUGGCAGGACGGAACAACACAUAGAGAAUUUAGAAAGGAAAAUUGAGAGCCUGGAAUCCCAACUGCAAAACCAAUUCUCGGAGGAGCUUGAAACGGAAUUACUAUGCACAAAGGAAGAACUGAAUGUUUGGAAUCAGAGGGAAGAAACAAGGCUAGCGCAACAGGCUAAACUAAGCUGGGUAGAGAAGGGGGAAGUCUCGGCUCAAUUUUUCAGAUCCUUCAACAACCACUCAAGGCUGACAAUGCAGGAAAUGAAACUCAGAGAUGGCACCACCCUCAAGUCCCCAAAGGAGAUCCAUUUAGGGGCAGUGGACUACUUCAAAAACCUCCUAAAAGCCAGGCCACGAGGCCCCCUUCCAAACCUCCUGGAGUAUAUACAACCUGAAAUAACUGAACAAGAGAAUCUAAGUAUUAUGAAUCCCCCAACAGCCCAAGAAGUUAAAGAUGCAAUGUUCUCCAUCUCUAUAGAUAGCAGCCCGGGGCCUGACGGCUUCGGCUCGGGAUUCUACAGAUCGUGUUGGGAGUGGGUGGCUUUAGAUGUAGUGGAUGCUGUCAGAGAUUUUUUUAGUGGAACUCCUCUUCCACGAUUCUACUCAGCUUCUCACAUAGUCCCGCUUCCAAAGGAUAAAAAUCCUACUGGCUUCGAAAAAUUCAGACCCAUCAGUCUGUGUUCCGUGAUAUAUAAGGUUUGCUCAAAAAUAAUAGUGAGAAGGUUAUCGCCUUUACUAUGCAGAUUAGUUUCCUCGGCACAAGGAGCUUUCCUACCAGGUCGCAGCAUUUUCGAGAACAUCUCCCUAGCCCAAGAAAUGGUCCACCAAAUAAACAAACAGGUGCACGGUGGGAAUGUACUCAUCAAGGUCGACAUGGUUAAAGCCUACGACAGCGUCGACUGGAUUUUUUUAUUACAUGUUAUGAACUCAUUCGGUUUUUCCCAGGAAGUCUGUGGCUUAAUAAACCAGUGUAUCUCCUCUCCAUGGUUCUCGGUGGCUAUGCAUGGCACGAUUGAGGGUUUUUUUCCGUGUGGCCGCGGUCUUCGUCAGGGAGACCCCCUGUCGCCGUAUCUCUUUAUUCUAGUAGAGGAAACACUAUCCAGGCUAUUACACAAGCAUUUUGAGGUUGGAAGAAUAAAACCUUUCACCCACCCCAGGGGAACCCCUCUUGUUUCCCAUUUAUUUUAUGCAGAUGACGUCAUGGUUUUCUCCAAUGGAAGCUCCUCAUCACUUAAAAAAAUCAGAGAUAUUUUCCAGACUUAUGAGGACUGGUCGGGACAAGCUAUCAGCAAGGAAAAAUUGGCAAUUUUCUUUUCCAAACAUAUCCAGGCUGGUAGACGUAGGAGAUUGCUGAGAACCAUGGGAUUCACGGAAGGAAUAUUCCCUGUGAAAUAUCUGGGGGUCCCUCUAAUUUCUGGCAGACUCAGAGUGAGCCACUUUGAUGAUAUUAUGAACAGCAUUAGAGGAAAGCUAGGUGGUUGGCAACACAAGAUCUUAUCAUAUGGAGCCCGGCUGAUCCUGCUGAGACAAGUGGCAGCCAGCAUGCCAAUACAUCUACUCUCAGUGGUACAGGCGCCAAAGGCCCUCCCAAAAAAAUUAAAUCAACUCAUGAGCAACUUCUUCUGGGGAUCCUUAGAAGGAAAAACCAAGAGAAAGUGGGUAGCUUGGUCAUCCAUGUGCAGACCAACUCGGGAGGGAGGAGUAGGCCUUCGUGACCUACAGGACGUCCAAAACUCUCUUUUCAUGAAACUCGCUUGGAAGAUUUUGACAGAAAAUUCGAUGUGGGCGAAUUUCUUCAAAGCUAAGUACAUUAAAUCUGGACAUAUCUCUCUAGUUCAGAAAAAUAAAGGGUCUCGACUCUGGAAAGGAAUUGUGAUGAGUAUUCCUAUUAUUCUUGCUAACUCGAGAUGGAGCAUCAAGGAAGGAAACAUAUCCUUUUGGUAUGACCGUUGGCUAGAACCAGGACCCUUAGCUGAGGAAGUGCCCAUUAUUACAAGUCCGGACCUCAAGGUGAAAGAAUGCAGAUUGAACAACGACUGGGAUACAGCAAUGCUCACGUCCCUAGUAGGUGUAGAAAAAUUAGAAGAGGUUGUGAGGGGUCUUGGGCAACACAAAGAAGGAUUGGAUAGACUAAUAUGGACGUCCAGCGUGAGCGGAGAUGUCUCCUCCAAAAGUGCAUGGGAACUUAUCAGAGUCAAAACUCCAAAGGUGUAUGGGACAGAGUGGAUGUGGAAUGCAGCCCUCCCAAAGAAAUACUCGAUCACCAUGUGGAAGGCGAUGAAAGGAUGCUUAAGCGUUGAUGACAGGAUCAGUAAAAUUGGCAUCCCCAUGGUCUCAAAAUGUGAAUGCUGUGAGGAGGGGAAUCUGGAGGACCUCGACCAUGUCCUAGCCACAGGCAAGACCGCAAGGGCUUUGUGGAGUAGAGUUUCAACACAGGUGGGAAUGCCUUUUGAUCCCGGAAAAAAAUGGAAGGAAAAAAUAAACCUUUGGUUUAGGCGCGCAAGCAGAUCAUCCCAGAAAGGACUUCUAAUUGGCCUCAUUCCCUCCAUACUAACAUGGUCUCUUUGGCUUUGGCGAUGCAAAGCAAGAAUGGAAGCAAUUAAAACAUCAACUGAGUCCCUGUGGCAGUCGGUCAAAGCUGCUAUUGCUUGGUGUGGGACGCGCCUAAAAGCUGGAAAAAAGUCGAAACCUGGUGAUGAAAAAAUACUGAAAGCUCUGUCUAUACCUUCAAAGAAUCCGAAAGGGAGAAGAGUGCAAUUAGUAACCUGGCGCAAGCCGGCAUUGGGCUGGUGCAAACUAAACGUUGAUGGAAGCUGCCGAGGAAACCCAGGACAGAUGGGGGCAGGAGGGGUCCUAAGAAAUGACCAAGGUAAAAUGAUCUUAGCUUUUGCUCUAGGCCUGGGACACGGUACUAACAACCAAGCAGAACUUAUGGCCCUGCUCCACGGACUGAGGUUCUGCAGAAGACUAAAUCUAAGGAAAAUAGAAAUAGAGCUGGAUUCCCUUUUGGUGGUGCAAUGGCUGGAGAAGAACAAGGUGGGGAUCUGGUAUCUCGAGGACUUCUGGGAGGAGAUACAAGCCUUAAUCACAACCAUGCAGGUGGUCGUAAGGCAUGUGUUCAGGGAGGGCAAAGCAGCUGCCGAUUUUCUUGCUCGCUGUUUGCCUCCGCAAUUAACAGAGUGGAUGCGUGUGGGUGACCUGCCUCAUCUUCUCAAGGCUCUUGUCUUCAAUAUACCUCUCCAUAUCCAUGAGUCGGUUGGUUUUGAUGUUGCCCUUCAGAAGGAUGUUGUGUUUAGGUGCAUUGACAUUUCAUAUGAAGGAAUUGUGCUUGCCAUUGUUUUGAUUAGCAUGGUUCUUCUCACUUGUGAUGGGAGUCUGAAGUACUUCAUUUUGGAUGUUGAUGACUUGUAUGGCAUUUUCAAAGAGAUCACGACUCUAGUAGCGUGA